AUGCACCCAGACUCCAAAUCAGACGGUCGCCGACUUGACCCGCCGACGGUCUCUCCCACAUCGCGGAGUUUCACAGGGAAAUUCAUCCGAUGCGUGAUCCUGCUUAUUCUCGCAAAGCUAGCCAUUUGGCAGUUGUAUGAAACAUUCUCUGAGAGCAGGGAUUCUGGGCUACAGCCCUCAGGGCCCUCUGAUGAAGAUGCCUCCUUUCGAUGGGAACAGAUUACCCCUACCGAGGAACUGAUCUAUCACCCGUGCUUCCAUGAAUACGAAUGUGCUCGGUUAGAGCUUCCCAUGGACUGGAACCGUACCGAUGGAAAAGGGUCGAAGAUCGCCUUGGCUGUGAUCAAGCUACCUGCCAAAGUACCCAUCACGGAUGUGCGAUAUGGUGGCCCUGUUCUCCUGAAUCCAGGUGGCCCCGGUGGAUCCGGAGUGGGCAUGGCUCUCAAGGGGGGCAAAGAUAUCCAAACCAUUGUCGAUUCCGAAGAAACGCCAAGUGCGGACUCCACUACAGGAAAGUAUUUCGAUGUUAUUGGCUUCGAUCCAAGAGGAAUCAACAACACCACUCCAAACUUCUCGUGCUUUCGGAACCCUAUGGCGAGGAAAGCGUGGCUAUUGCAGUCGGCGGCAGAGGGGAUCCUGGGAAGCUCGGAGGGGGCAUUCAAUACUCUAUGGGCAAGAUACGAGGCUUUUGGCAUGAGUUGUAGCCAAGAAGACCCUGAGACUUCGGAUGACCAUGAAUGGAUAGCACAGCAUAUGAACACCGCUCCGGUGGUGGCAGAUAUGGUUGCGUUCAUUGAGCGCCAUGGUGAGUGGCGUGAGCGAGAAACCGAGAAGCUUGUGACGGCCAUGGACCGAUCUGGAUCAAAACAGGACAUCGAGGCGAUCAGGACCAGAAACCGCUGGGAUAGAGGACAGGAGAAGCUUCAGUACUGGGGUUUCUCGUACGGCACUAUUCUGGGUGCUACAUUUGCGGCAAUGCAGCCUCAUCGCAUACAUCGUGCCGUCAUUGAUGGCGUGGUUGAUGCGGAUGAUUAUUACGCGGCUGACUGGCUCACUAACCUGGUAGAUGCGGACCCUGCCUUCGAUAGCUUUUUUGAAUACUGUCACACAGCUGGGCCUGCAUCGUGUCCAUUUGCACUCGGGGAUGAUGUCGAAGAUCUCAAGUCUCGGUAUGAACAACUCUUGUCGAAUAUUACGGUGAACCCGAUCGCCGUGCCACCUUCCAGCAGUAGAGGCCCCGACAUCAUAACCUACAGCGAUGUGAAGGUGUUGGUUUUGCAAACUCUAUACAAGCCGAUGACCUUCUUUGAACUCUUGGCCCGACUGCUGAAUGAUCUUGAGCACGGGAAUGGAUCGUCGUUUGCUGAUUACAAGUACGAGACUCGGAGUUGGACUGUGCCGUCGUCUUCCUGUGACACCAAUGACCCUUCGCCUGAAUGCCGACUUCCUGGCGAUAGUGACUACGAGACAGGAAUGAACAUCCUGUGUCUGGACGGCCCCAGUAUCGAUGGCAUCACCAAGGAGGAGUUCAGAAGCUAUUGGGCUGAGCUUCGGGAGCAAAGUAAGACGAUUGGGGACUCUUGGACCCAGGUUCGCCUGAACUGUAUUCGAUUGAAGACACGGCCUAACUGGCGUUUCGAUGGACCGUUCACAGGCAAGACAUCACAUCCUCUGCUCCUUAUUGGGAAUACCUAUGACCCGGUAACGCCGCUACACAACGCUUAUAAGAUGUCUCAUGGAUUUUCCGACUCCGUCGUGCUACACCAGAACUCUGUAGGACAUUGCUCUGUAAGCGGACCAUCCGUGUGUACGGCUAAAGUCGUCCGUCAGUAUUUCCAGACUGGCGAACUCCCCAAGCCUGGGACCACUUGCGAGGUAGACAAACGGCCCUUUGGCCUUCCAGGACCCGGGGAACCGCAGGUCCUGUCAGCAGACGAUACGGCGUUGAUGUCUGCGCUGCGUUCGCUGGGAGAGACACCCAAUCUGCUGGGGGCGUAG